AUAAAGGAAGGACACAAAGAGGAGUCGUGUGGGAGAGUGGCUACUGACUUCUCUCCUACAGUCCUACUUGGAGGCGAACCAGAUAACCAGCGAGGAAGACGCUAGGUUGCGACACAGAAGGGGGGCGACCACUUGGGAGUAAGCCGACUUCUGCGGGGGAAGGAUCCGCUGCGACCUGGACGGAGGACAACUCGAGGUGGGAGCUAGAAACCAGUACAGUGAAUGAUACGAUGUCGAAUUCUUCUGGAGGACUAGGAAAGCAUAGUGCAAACUCUGGGAAUCUUAUGCAGGAAGAAUCUGUAAGGCUGGUGAUAUCGAAUGAGCCAAGGAUAGCUGAGGUCAAUGUCCUACAAACUCGAGCAGGAAUUAGGUUUAAAUCUUUCAGCUGGUGGAUGAAAGCCUUACUAUGGUGCUGCAUUUUGAUAGUCCUUCUCCUUGUUUUCUUGAAAUGGGGAGUACCAUUUCUUCUUGAAAAGGUUCUCCUCCCGAUUAUGCAAUGGGAAGCUACUGCCUUUGGGAGGCCUGUUCUUGCUCUUGUGCUUGUUGCCUCUCUGGCAUUAUUCCCUGUAGUUUUAAUUCCUUCUGGACCCUCCAUGUGGCUGGCGGGGAUGAUUUUUGGAUAUGGUAUUGGGUUUGUGAUCAUCAUGGUUGGCACCACCAUCGGGAUGACCUUGCCCUAUUUGGUUGGAUUACUGUUCCGCGACCGCAUCCAUCAAUGGUUGAUGCGAUGGCCCCAGAACGCUGCUGUUCUUAGGCUGGCUGGGGAAGGAAGCUGGUUCCAUCAGUUUCGAGUUGUUGCACUCUUCAGAGUUUCACCGUUUCCCUACACUAUUUUCAACUAUGCUAUUGUGGUAACAAAUAUGAGAUUUUGGCCCUACAUAUGCGGAUCAAUUGCUGGAAUGGUACCUGAAUCAUUCAUUUACAUCUAUAGUGGGCGAUUAAUAAGGACGUUGACAGACAUGAAGUAUGGAAACCAUCACCUGACCACUGUGGAGAUUGUGUACAACAUUAUCUCCUUCAUUGUUGCAAUAGUUGCCACGGUUGCUUUUACUGUCUAUGCAAAGAAUGCCUUGAACGAGCUUGAAAGGGCCGAGAGUGAUAAAGAAGCUGGCAUAACUGAUCAUUGCAGUUUUGAAAUGGAAAAACUUCCACCAAUUAGUCCGGAACAUUUAGUUCUCUCGUCUGUUUCUGCAUAACCUGCAGACAUGGAGUCAUGUGGAUGCUGUAAAGUUGUGGUAGUAGAUAAUAGUUUUCUGAUGUGUUAUCCCCUUGGGUCUUUGUUAUUGUCGGGGUGGGAUGGGGGGUUGAUACAAGUGGAUAUAAUACAGUGAAAUACGACGAAAAUAGAACAGAAGGGUUUUCCUGUA